UUAACUAAAGCAACAGUAAUAAUCUUCACCUAAUAAUCCUCAUUUCUCACGCGUAAACAAAAAAAGUCGCUCUUUAAGUUUUUCGUCAAACGCAAACGCAAACGCAGCAGCAAAUAAUUGACGACGAAUAAAUAGCCAAACAAUUCCUUAACACUUUCCUGAAACUUCUUAAAACACCUACAAAACAAAAACAAAAAACUCUUCUUCCAACUUUCAACUUAAACCAAACCUUCAACAACAAAAAAACAAAACAGCAUUUUAUAGGAAGAAAUUUCGCAUAUUCUGUUUAAAAAGAAACUCAUAAAAUCAUUUCCAAACAAAGAAAAAAAGUGUUAAUCAAUAAUCACUUUUAAAAUCUUCACAUUUUCACAAUUAGGUUAACCAUCGAUCGUGCUCUCUAACCAGAGAGCUCGAUCUCAAUACAAAACCACCGGAAUGUCGGAGAUUGAACAAGCACCACCAGCUCCGGCGGAAACCACCGCGUUAUUCGAAAAAUACGAGAUCGGAAAACUCCUCGGAUGCGGCGCGUUUGCGAAAGUAUAUCACGCGCGGAACAUGGAAAAUGGACAAAGUGUUGCUGUGAAAGUAAUCAACAAGAAGAAAGUCACAGCAACUGGUCUCGCUGGAAACGUGAAACGUGAAAUCUCGAUUAUGAGUCGUCUUCGUCAUCCGAAUAUUGUUAAGCUUCAUGAAGUUCUUGCUACGAAAACUAAGAUCUAUUUUGUUAUGGAAUUUGCUAAAGGUGGUGAACUUUUCGCGAAAAUCGCGAGUAAAGGAAGGUUCAGUGAAGAUCUAUCUAGGAGGCUUUUUCAACAGCUGAUAUCUGCUGUUAGUUAUUGUCAUUCUCAUGGUGUUUUUCAUCGUGAUUUGAAACCGGAAAAUCUAUUGCUUGAUGAUAAGGGGAAUUUGAAGGUUUCGGAUUUCGGAUUAAGUGCAGUGAAAGAGCAAAUUCGUGUGGAUGGAAUGUUACACACGCUUUGCGGAACACCUGCUUACGUGGCACCGGAGAUUUUGGCGAAGAGAGGUUAUGAUGGAGCUAAGGUGGAUGUUUGGUCGUGUGGUGUUAUUCUAUUUGUUCUCGUAGCUGGUUAUCUUCCAUUUAACGAUCCAAAUUUGAUGGUGAUGUAUAGGAAGAUAUAUAGUGGAGAAUUUAAGUGUCCACGUUGGUUUUCACCGGAUCUACGGCGGUUUUUAUCGCGGUUGUUGGAUACGAAACCUGAGACGAGGAUAACCGUUGAGGAGAUUACCCGGGAUCCUUGGUUUAGAAAAGGGUAUAAGGAGGUGAAGUAUCAUGAAGAGGGGGUCGGACUUGGGGAGAAGGUUAAUGGGGAAGAAGAAAGUAAAACAAUGGAUUUGAAUGCGUUUGAUAUUAUAUCAUUUUUCUCUUCAGGGUUGGAUCUUUCAGGGUUUUUUACGGAUAUGGAAGGGGAGAGAUUCGUGCUGACGGAGUCAUUGGAGAAGGUUGUUGAGAAGGUGGUGGCGGCAGCAAAGGCAGAGGGGUUAGUGGUGAGAAAGAAGAAGGAAUUUGGGGUGGAGAUUGAGACCCAAAACGGGGGUUUGGUCAUUGGGGUUGAGAUUUACCGAUUAUUGGCUGAGGUGGUUGUGGUUGACGUGAAGAGAUUUGGUGGGGACGAGGUUGCUUUUGAUGAAGUGUGGAAGAAUAAGUUGAGACCCCGCUUGUGUGAUGCAACGACAUCGCAACAAGACCAAACUCAGUCUCAUGCGGCUGUCUCUACUGAAUAAAUUUUCUGGCUCAAUUAUUCUGAUAAAAAAACUUAAAAAAAAAAAAAAAAAACCAUGAUGAAAUUUUGUUAAAGUGAAUAUGGUUAUGGUACUCGAAUGUGACUAAGGUAUAGUUUGUAACAAAAAUAUUUAGUGUAUAUAUAUGAUUUUUCAUGCUUGGUGUUUGUUUACUGCACACUGUUGCCUUGAUUUGUUUGUGGAAAGUAUCUGGUAUAAAUGGAUGUAUGCAGUUUAAUUUUGGUUUUUGUUUGAGAAACAAUAUCUGUUGAGUUUA